AUUAUCAUAAAAGUGGCGUUUUACAGCAGCCAUUUGUCAAAAACAUGAGAGCAUAAAUUGAGUAUAAAUUAAGUGAGGUUCACAUUGCGUAAAUUGUCUUUAACAAGUUUUAAUAACACGUUUUUUACGGUGUGAUUGUUUUGUGAUUUAAUUUAAAGUGAGUCUCUGGUCCUCGCAGUGAGUCGAUACGGUCAAUAUGGGAGAUGAAUACGAAUAUGAACCCGAGGAUCUCGGCGAGGAGAUGGGAGACGAUGACAUUGGAGGCGACGAGGCACUGGAUGAAUACGACGCAGGUGGUGCUGGGGGACCUGCAGAAGGUGGCGACGGGCCGGGUGAGAAGACCGAGAAUGAAAACCGAAUCACGACUCAAUACAUGACCAAAUACGAGCGUGCACGGGUUCUGGGAACUCGAGCCCUGCAGAUCGCCAUGGGAGCUCCUGUCAUGGUUGAACUCGAGGGCGAAACCGACCCACUUCAGAUUGCCAAAAAGGAACUCAAGGUUCGCAAAAUUCCCAUUACAAUUCGGCGUUAUCUUCCCGACGGUUCAUUCGAGGACUGGGGAAUUGAUGAGCUCAUUAUCACGGAUCAUUAAUGGCUGCCCAACAGAGGUCAGAGAGAUCCAUAUCGACCUCGUCAUCACUAAUAUCAGAAGUAACACAAGAGUAAAAAUGUGAAUAUUGAAAGCCGACUAUGACUGCCCGAGCUUACUACGUGUGAGCUCGCGUCACCGCGCGACAUCAUAGCACGUAUCGAAUAUAGCGGAAAACGUGGUUUGUCCAUAACAAGGACAUUUUGGAAAAACGUUUGCCAUUAAUGUGAUAAAAACAGGUCAGACGUAAUUACUGCAAAUACAAUGUAAUAAAGAGAAAAGGUGUUAAUACAAUUAUAGUA